AUGUGCCUGGACCUGUACAAGGAAUAUGGCACUACAAUGGCUGGCCUUAAGGUAUUCACAAAUUCUGACAAAGCUCAUGUGGAGGAAGCUCUGUGGGGUUUACUAGGGAAAGGAAUGGACAUGGCAGAAUCUUCAUGCAAUAGUAAUAUGGCAGUAUAA